CGCGAGAUCCGCACCGCGGUUUUGCCCAGGUUAGCUUCGCUCGCAGUGACAAACCGCGCGCCUCCCACGCACGCCAUGGCGAGCACCGGCAAGAGGGCUCUCCAGCAGCGGCUUAUCGAAGCUGUGCGUGAACAUGAGGUGCUUUACAACUGCGACCUCAAGGAGUACAGCCACAACAUACUCAAGAUGCGCCUCUGGCGACAGAUCGCACGCAAAUGCGACAUUGCUUCUGGUGAGGAAGCUAAGAAAAUUUGGAAAAACCUACGUGAUGGAUAUCGCUGCUCGCUCAAAACUCUCAGAAUCUACGAAAAUAAAGAACCGCCUAGAAUUCUGAAAACGUGGAAAUACGUUGAGGAGAUGGAGUUCUUAAGACCUUUUAUGAAAGAUCGGGUUUUCAGUAAUGCUGCAUACUACGAAGGUGAAAACUCCUUGGAACCACCUUACAGAAACACUUCAGACGAUAAUACGAUGGAUAACGACUUGCAAGUCCAGAAAGUAAAAAGUGUUCAAAGCUCUGUUAGCAGCUUUAGUGGUGGGGAUGAUGUUCAGGAAGAGAUUGAAUGCAGACCAGAUGUCACCCUACUCGCACAGCAAGGACUCCUCAAUCAGCUUCCUCCUGAUGACAUAAAAGAUCGAAUUUCGCCAACGCAAAGUGCAAAUGACCUGACGGCUCAAGCCAUGAGCCAGUUGGAAGCCCUCACCAACAUUUACCAACAUCCCCAUGGUCUUCAGGUGACUCCCACACUAACACCUCCUGCAAAGAGACGAGGUCGCAAAAGAAAAGCUGAUAUUGACUUGGUUCCUCAACAUCACCUCCUACCACAAAACAUGGAUAGGAGUCAGAUUCUAGAAAACGCAGAACCUUGUGAGGAUAGCUUAAAAUUAUUCUUUGAUUCGAUGUAUGCAGCUGCCAAAGCUCUACCCGCGCCGCUUCAGAGAUUGAUCAGGAUCAAACUGUUUCAGACAGUUACCGACGCUGAAAUGGCCGCUGAAAACAUGCCAAUGGAACGGUUCCCCAACAACCAUACUCAGUGAUAAGUGAUAUAUAUAUUUGUGUAACUAAUUUAAGCUGUAGAUAUGUUUUUCUUGCGAGUAAAUGUUGUUUUUCUAUAA